AGCCACUAGAUAUGAUCUACAGUAAGCAUGAGAAAGAGAAAAAAGAUCUCUAUGAGGACUGAGGAGAGAGUACUUCAGCCAGAAAAAGAAUCCUAUGUCCCACUAGGCGAAAUGGUCCCAGGGAGGACUCCCAACCCACCGCUUCGGUGGAAAGUUGAUGCACCUUAUACAAGCACAAGCCACUUUGGUCUACUUGCUGUGAGCUUUCUCAGCUACAACUUUGAAGAAAACCCAAAAUUAAAUUAUUCUAGUAAUGUAGUUAUUUUAAAAUAAUCUGUACAGGCAAAAUAUUUAAGGGUUAUUACUCACAAUUUUUUGCUUUGGCACCCCUUCUCUCACAAAAUUUUGUAAAAGCAAAAACCAGAAAUCUGGAGAUUUGAGAGGGUUUGUUAUUAAAAUUUCUUCAAAACAAAGUGUUGUCUGUUUGACAACACUUUCUUUGACAUAAGGAUUAAGGGUGUCUUAUCCAUAUGCUGCAUGAAAUGUCACUGAAUUUGAAGUAAGCAUAGCAACAAAAGAAUGAGAAGGAAAAGAGAUACCUGUAUCAAACUCAUCGAAGCAGUCCAGCUUCUGUUUAUAUUUCUCCAUAGGAGGAAAGUUGAGCAGUUUUACAGGCCAAAAGAACCCCAUAUUGUAUAUAAUAAUUUUUACAACAGCUAAAUAUAUAAGCAUAAUAAUUUAUGCACCAUGAUCAAACUGAUGGCUAAUCUCCAGUGCUAGAGAACAAUCCAUUUUCCUAUUUAGUAAUAACAUCAAGGAGUGUUGGUUUUCUCAAAAUUUAGAGUGUUGGUUUUCUCACAUUUUAGAUUUACUGCCCUUAAUAUCUUUUUAAACUAUACAUUUCAUGAUUUAUAGGGUGUUGAUAACGGCUGCAUGUCAGACAGGGAAUGUAUAAAUAACAGUGGCCCCUUAUGACAGAGGAAGACAGUUUGGUGUUGUCAGAUCUAAAUCAAGAUCUCCAAGAUGAACUUGAACUGUUGAAAGAAAUAUUUUUCAAGGAAAUUCAACUUUUUGACAGGGGUGAUGAGUUUGAGUUGAAGGUUUCAUUGACUCCCUGUACUGGUGAUAGAUGGGAUCUCAAAUAUGUGUUCCUGGACUUAACUAUGAUUAUCAAUAAAGUGGAAUAUCCGGAUAUAAAACCACCCACUUUUAAAUUUAGUCGAGUGAGAGGAAUAUCACAAGAUCACCAGGACAGAAUACUACAUGAGCUAUCUGAACUCUCCACUACACGAGUAGGAGAUAAUAUACUAUACGAGCUUAUAGAACUAGUACAGGAUACAUUAACUCAUAAUAACAUGCCUGCUGGUAACUGCCCCAUCUGUCUGGACAGUUUUAGCGGUUAUUGCCAUUUCACGAUAACAGAAUGUACGCACUAUUUUCACAUGGCGUGUCUUAACGAACAUCUUAAACAUCUGGAAAAGGAUGAGGACGGCUUUACUGAGCCGAGGUGUCCAAGUUGCCGUGAAAUUUUAGAUGAUGAUUAUGUGGAAGCCCUGCAAAGAAACACCAACGAAUUGGGACUAAAAUGCAAUCUACAUAAAGGGGGCAAAGAAAAACUCGUGUUGAGUCCGUCACUGCGUGAACAGACAAGAAAGUAUAAAGAAAUGUUUGAAGCAAUGUAUUUGAAACAAAAAGCAAACAAUUCCUUUUUUACUGGUGACACGCAUGUACUUGAUUUGACCUCCCGCAAUGUGGUGGCUAGAAGUAUUGAAAAUGCAACACAAGAAAGAGAGCAAGAGAUAAGGUCUCAGAGUGUUGUGGCAGAAGUUCCGACAUCAAGCACCGAGAAACCCAUUCUACCCACUGAGAAGCCACUGCAAGAAAAACAAGGUUCAGAAGAGUCUCUGAUAAUUUCAUUCUCCAAUCUGAUGGAAUCAACAACCCCAGACCCCAACAAUCUGUCCCAGGACAAGUUAGGCAGCACGUGUUCCACUGCUCCCAGCAACAUUGAAGAUAACCAAUCAGAGCUGAGUGUGAGUUUAUCCCACCAAUCAGAGCUGAGUGGGAGUCUGUCUCAUGAGAGUGUUCAGUAUAUCGAGAAGGAUGAUCUCUGUCACACUGAUGACGAGGAGGUUGAUGAUAAGAUACCAGUAGAUCUUACUGAGUUGAGUGCAGUUCAGUUAUCAGAUGAAGACAACUCAGCAGAGAGCUAUCCUGAGAUAACACCUGAAUACGCUUCUCUUACAAAAGAGGCAAAGAUUGUGAACAUCGAGGAAGAAACUCCUGAGGAAAUCAAUGCUUUGCAGAAACAGGAUGAACAAGAAAAGGAAAUAGACAUGGAAGAAGAAAAAGUAGAAAAUGAACAAGAAGAACACAAAGAAAAAGUUAGAGAGAAAGAAGAAAUAGUAGAGCAGAAAGAAAAAAUCAAUGUAUCAAUCAACGAAGAGGUGAAAGAAGAAAUAGAGAAGAUUGAUGAAGUUAUCCCCGCCACAGAACCUAUAGAUGAAGUUAAACCCGCUGACAAAACAGAGGAAGUUGUCCCCGCCGCAGAGAAAGAAGAAGUUAUUCCCGCUACAGAAACAAAAGAAGUUAUCCCCGCCGAAGAGAAAGGAGAAGUAGUUGAAGAUGAAGUCUCUGUAGAAACGGAACCAGAAAUCCAGCCUGACAGUGUUCCCGAAGUUGAGAUUCCCACAGAGGAGGUAACACCAGAAGAUGUCAUUGUAGAGAAGAUAGAAAAGGAAGAGAUGGUUAAAGAAGAAGAGUCCAUCAAAGACGACACAGAAAAUCAUGAGGACGACGUUUUCAGUGAAGCUGUUGAAGAAACGUCACAAAUCACAAAUGUACAAAACGAAACAGAAGAGGAAAAAGAGAGCAAUUCCAAGAUGACGAAUGGAGGGGGAGAAGAGGAAGAUGAGGACAUAAGUGAAGUGAGCGAAGUUACCGUGGUUUCUCAUAAGAGCGUCUCUUUCAACGAUGAUUCGAAAAAUACAGAAUCAAGGGAGAUCCAGACCCAAACUCGUCGAGUUAAGAGAAACAGAAAUAGGAGACGAAGCAACAACAGAGAGGGACAAUUCAGAGAGGGUGAUACUGGUGGUAGAGGAGGAGGAAGAGGAGGAUACAAUCAGCAACAUCACCACCAGAGAGGUGGAUACCAUCACCACAACCAACAACAACAACAACAACAACAACAACAACAACAGCAACAGCAACAACAACAGCAACAACAGCAACAACAGCAACAACAACAACAACAACAACAACAACAAGAUGGUGAGGUAGUUUACAGAAGAGAAGCUGGGCGAGGAGGGAACAGGGCAGAGAACUGCAGAUCAUACCAUGAGGACCAGCACAACAGGAACAACGGGCAGGAUUACCGGAGACAUUCCUUCUCCGAGCACUCGCAGAACUGGAGGUCAGAUAACGGCCAGACUGGAGACAAGAGACACCAGCGACCAAGGGAAUACUACCAACAACAGCCUCCCCAACAGCCAAGGUUUAAACCUCCAAGGAUUCUGAGGCAGGAAGCCCUGGCUCAAGCUAAGAAGCUCAGUCAGGCUCUGAGUAACCAGGAACAACUUACACCCAACAUGCACAAGAUCCCUGUGUCCCUAUACAACCCCACCGGGGGCCCAGGGGCGCCGCCCCAACUCGGAAACGGUCCUCCCUCUUUUCCUCCCGUCUUCCACGGCUACCAAAUGACGCAAAUACCGCCACAUUUGUAUCAGCAAGCUACGAACAACUACCACCACAACACGAGAAAGCACCACAACACCCCCCACGCGGACCCCAGGAUGACGGACCCCCGUGUUACUGACCCCCGGGCAAAUAACAACAUGCCGCCCCAGUCUUCUAGACCAGCUGAUUUGCCGUCCCUUUCUUCCAACAGCUCCCUUCCAAAACCUGGUGGACCACAUGGACCCACUCUCAAGGCUCUCUCUCCUAACUCCCAAAACAAGAUAUUCGACGUGUCCCGCUUCCAACAGCAAAUACUCCGCAACAACACGUCACCUACUUCCGCCUCUUCCGGAUCUAGUAAAUAGCCGGACCAUGUCCUGCUGCGGCCCAGCAGGGUACUAAUAUGGCCGGACUUUCAUUAGGAAUGUUUAGAUUCCUCUUUCUGAUCGUACGGAUUUUUAGAAAAUUCAAAAUACAAAGGAUUGAGUUGAAAAUGGAGUGAUGACGAUUGAUAAUUAUCUUGAUUCUAAUUAUAGAGUUUUAUAGGAAGUAACACUGCAGUGAAUUUAGCUGUUAGUGAAAGUAGUGGAUGUUUGAUGACUUUGUAGGUAAUAUUUGUUAAGAGAUGAUAUCUAGAUAGUAUCAUAGAUAGGGUAUACCCCGGCCCGGCCCGGGUUAAAUUAGGAUUAAUUAAAAAUCCUUAUGACAACGCUUCUUUGAUUUGAAUCUUUUUUCUUACAACAUUUUUACGUAUCUUUACAUUUAAAGUUAUAUAAGAUUGAUGAUGAGAAUUGAAGCGAGGGCUGUUCGAGCCGAAUAGUUUCGAACGGGAAAGUGAUUAUAAUCAUCUUGACUGUGUGGUGGCUCCUGAUUUGCGGGUUCACCAAGUGGUCGAAUCAUCAUCUUAAAUUAUAGAUACUGCUCUUUGUUUGGGCGGUUAAUUGGGUUACUGAUUACAAAAUUCACUAUUUGAAUCCUCACUAAAUAAUUAUUGUAACGGUUUUUAAUUUUUAUUUAGAAUAAAUUUUAAUAUUUAGUGUUUGAGAUUUUGAGAGAUGUUUUGCUUUAAGUAUACAUGAUUUUAUAUUUCGCCGUCUCGAAAA